AUGGUUGGUCUCCCCAGCCCUGGACCGCGCCGUCGCACCCUCAACGAAGGAUCAAAAACAAAGCCCCAAACAUUGUUUCUCCUCUCGUACUGUGUAUUUCUGUUCCAACCGUCAAAUGUCCAUGCACAAUAUGACCUGGACGAUCCCUUUAGAUGUCAGCGGAUAUGUACUCCAGACAAAUGCCGAUGUGUCGGACUAAAAGGAGUGGAAGGUCCUCCUGGACCAAUUGGUCAAACCGGAGAGUGGGGCAUUGCUGGAGAUCGUGGCGUACCAGGCUUGCCCGGAACCAAGGGUGACAAGGGUUCAUCUGGUUUGCUGGGUAGACAAGGCUUCAAAGGUGAACAGGGUGUUCAAGGCCCUCCGGGAUAUCACGGGCAAAAUGGACUUUCGGUGAGUAUAUUCACGUGA